GGGCACAAUGAGAAGCCUUCAUCAAGUUUGUCAACAUGAAUGCAGAACAAGCAACUUGCAGACUCUCUGAGUACACACUGAGCAGUGGGGAUGUGGAGAUACUCUCUGGGAUCCUGGAGCAGUGUCCUCAUCUGUCUGUCCUGGAUUUAUCCAGUAACCUUCUGAGAGACAAGGGAGUGAAGAGAUUUGUGGAUUCUCUGUCAAGGCUGCGGAUUGCUAGCUCAGUGAAUCUCGAUGAUAACAGACUCACUCAGAUGGGGGCUCUCUACAAACAGACUCACUCAGAUGGGGGCUCUCUACAUUCUGAACACAGUGAUGACCUGUGAAAAAGUGGUUGAAGUGGAUGUAAGUUUGGGAACUGAGAAGAGGUCGCUCAUCCGCUUUGAACUGGACAGUGACUGUGGCAAAACUCUGAGUCUGAGAGUGUCAUUUUGGGGCUGACCAUCUGCAGAAACUAGCAGAGAUUCUGAAGAGCUGUGCUGCUCAGUUGGUCAAACUGAGACGAUCCCGCAGGUGAAGAAACCGGAUGUGGAGGUCCUGGGCCGGUGUGGUUACACCUGGUCUGCGGUUGUGAGACCAAAUUCUCUAAAACUAAGUUGGAAGCGGCUUAUGGUAGAGAAAUGGACAUUCAAUUCUCUGGUUAUCCUGUAACACCAUGCAGAGAGAAGGCCUUUUGGCUCUACAGAACAGCCUGACUGCCCUGUCCUCAUUACACACCCUGAAUAUAAGAAACAACGGACUGAAUGUUCAGGUGAUUGAAGACUUGGUGAAGCAGCUGAGGUGUGGUCAUGUCCAACACUAUAUCAGUAUUGAGGAGACGUGGAUCACAGCAGAAGCAGCUGUUAACCUGGUCUCCUGCUGCUUGAACCUGAACCACAACAUACACACCAUCAGGGUAAACCACACCACUGUACACAUUACUUUGGAAAAACGCACAAAUCACACUCCUACCAGUGGUGAUUCUGCAGACACGGCUAGCUCUUUGUCUACCGUGACCAUCAGCCUAGUAGACUGUGCAGUACAAGGGCACCACCUAGUGUCUCUGCAGACUGUGCAGUACAAGGGCACCACCUAGUGUCUCUGCAGACUGUGCUCCAGAGAUGCCCUCUUUGCUGCAGGACCUAGAUUUGCCACACAACAGCAUUGGUAGAGUGGGAGCAGAGUUGCUCUGCUCUGUCCUACCAUCCUUAGUUAGUCUGAGGAAACUCUGUCUUGAGUCAAAGGAAACAUCUGAAGAUGUGGUAUUGCUCCUUGCCGAGGGGUUGUUGCAGGCUAAAAGCAUUGAGAGCUUCAAUUCUUCUGGUGAUGUGAUCAGUGACAGAGGAGCUGUAGAUCUGACCAGAACACUCCAGAACCUACCUAAUAUCAGAACAAUCAAUCUGUCCCUGUGCUCUGGUUGGACAGCUGAAGGAGCAUUGGACCUGGUCAAAGGGCUUGGACAGUGUCUCUCUCUGGAGGGGAUCAGCCUUGACUCUGCACAGCUGGAUCAAGAGAGCACAGCCUCCUUGGCACAGGGACUAUGACCUUCUUGAAGAGGCUAAAUCUGAAUAAGUAUGUAACCAUGGUGACUGGAUCCCCAGGGGAGGGGACCACACUGGUCCUACUGGCCUCUCUGGAGGGGCUCAGAGCAAUGGAGGAGAUUGAGUUGGAGGGGAUGAGGAUGUCAGAUAAAGGAGUGGAGGAGCUUAUCAAACACCUGCCCACAUGGACAGGCCUGAGGAAGAUCAGCCUGUCAGAUAACUAUAUUGGUGACCAAGCAGGAGAGAGGCUGAUCCAGACCCUGGACUGUGGAGGAAUAGUAUCUCUGCCAGUGAUGCCCAGAGGGAGAAGAGGUUCAACUUCUUCUCCACAUAGCCUAUCUACUAUCUACUCAUUCAGCAGAACAGUCAACUUGCACUUUUAUUUUUAUAAUAUUUUAUGCACUUAGAGACCACAUUUCCUUAAAAUUACAGCAGGUCAUCAAAUCAAACAAUAAAAUGAUCCUUGUAGGGGGGGCAGUGAACCUUUAUUCCAACCCUGGGAACUGGUCUCUAUCUCUCUUUCUUCCUCUUCCUGGAAAGGUCUGUAUGUUGUCUCUAUCCACUCUCAUAUUUAUUUCUGCAUUGAUUUUGAGUCUGGGAUUCAUUGAUUGCUUAAGGUUUGCAGAAUGAUUUAUUUUUCACAUCUGACUAAAAGGGUCGGUGAGACCAAGUCAAUUUGUACUCUUGAACUGCUGGAUUCUAAUUCUGUCAUUGCUCAUGUUUCAAAUCAAAGUUUAUUUGUCACGUGCGCCGAAUAAAACAGGUGUAAACCUUACAGUGAAAUGCUGACUUACAGGCUCUAACCAAUGGUGCAUUUUAUCUGCUAAUUUAUUCCUUACACUUGUUGUGUUUUGUUUUGUGUGGCAUAUUUCUUGUUUACUUGUUUUUGUAAUGUCCAUUUUGAUGUUUUAUUAUGACAUGCACUGGUCUAAUAAAGUGGGAGACGAGUCUUCUUCAUAUUCUA